CUUGAUACAUCUCUUUAGAGCUCCGAUUGAUUUCCACGGAACCAUGGGAUUUCUUUGGGACUAACUGAUUCGGUCCACAGAUAUCCAGAGUCUCUCUGGGAAAAGGCGCGGGUACGACGGACGAGAUCAAGAUCAACUUAACAUGACCGUGGGGAAAGUUCCGGAGGGGCUUCAAUUCACCGUGCUCAUGACCCUCCUCUGCCUGAGCAACAACGACAUUAAAGCAGCAGCCAUGGUGACCAGCAGGGCGGCGCUGGAGGGAGCGUGUCCCCUGGGCCAGUUCCCCUGUGGUAACAUGAGCCUCUGCCUGCCCCAGAAGCUGCAUUGCAACGGACACAGGGACUGUCCCAACGGGGCGGACGAACGCCACUGUGGGGACAACAUCGGCUGGGCCGACCUGUUUGCAGGGACCAUGCAGGACGUCGACUCCGUGGACCUUUCAUUCUUUGACGAAUGUUUCCUGCAGGAGUUCCCAGAUACCUGCGAGUGCCACCAGACCGAGGUGCAGUGUGCGGCGGUCAACCUCAGCGCCGUGCCUCAACUCUCCGCCAACGUCACCUGGCUGUCCUUGAGGAGCAAUAAGAUACGACUGUUGUCCGACUAUGUUUUCUCCGAAUAUUCCUCCCUGGAGAGAUUGUACCUCCAAAACAACAGCCUGCACACCAUAUCCAAGCACGCCUUCAGUGGCCUGCACACGCUCAAGAGACUCGCUGCUGUUUGUCUUGGCUUUAGACUCGCUCGCUUGCUUGGAUUUGAAAUGCGCAGAGGGGGCAGAAGGUAUCUAAGUGAAAACGUGAUAUCCUCUCUGAGCCCAGGAGUAUUCAGAGAUCUCCAUCAGUUACACUGGUUGUUGCUGGAUCAUAACCCACUGAGGAGCGUUUCACAGGACACCUUCACUGGACUGCAGUCGCUGAUGUACCUGUCCAUGGUGGAUACUUCUCUUCAGCAGAUGCCCCACACAAGCUUCUGCCAACACAUGCCCGCUCUGGAUUGGCUAGACCUGGUGGGGAACCAGAUACAGGUGCUCAACUACUCCAUCCUGAAGACCUGCAGCAAGCUGGAGGUUCUGUUACUGAUGGACAACAGGAUUAUCACCAUCCCUGAGAACACCUUCCAGUCGCUAUGGAAACUGGCUGAACUGGACCUGUCAGGGAACAGAAUCCAGGACUUGCCCAAGGACACCUUUAAGAGUCUGUCCAAGACUCUACUGAAGCUAAAUAUUUCCCACAAUCCACGUCUCCACAUUAAUCCCGACCUCUUCAGGCACCUGACCCAUCUGGGAUCUCUGGCACUUGAAGGGAUUGAGAUUCCUGACGUCCAGACCAAGAUGUUUCUUCCAAUGGGAAACCUCUCCCAUAUCUACUUCAAGAGCUUCCAGUACUGCUCGUAUGCGCCUCACGUCCGCUCCUGCAAGCCCAACACGGACGGCAUCUCCUCCUUCGAGGACCUGCUGGCCAACCUGGUGCUGCGGGUCUCCGUGUGGGUCAUGGCCUUCAUCACCUGCUUCGGCAACCUCUUCGUCAUCGGCAUGCGGUCGCUGAUCCGGGCCGAGAACAACCUCCACGCCGCGUGCAUCAAAGUGCUCUGCUGUGCCGACUGCCUGAUGGGCGUGUACCUGUUCUUCGUGGGCGUGUUCGACGUGAAGUUCCGCGGAGAGUACAACCGCAACGCGCAGGUGUGGAUGGAGAGUGUGGAGUGCAGGACCAUGGGCUUCCUGGCCAUGCUCUCCUCGGAGGUGUCCGUUCUCCUCUUGACGUACCUGACCCUGGAGAAGUUCCUGGUGAUCGUCUUCCCGUUCAGCAACCUCCGACCCUCCAAGCUGCAGACUGUGACGAUGCUGUCCUCCAUCUGGCUGGUGGGCUUCCUCAUCGCCGUGGCGCCCCUCAUGAACGAGGACGUCUUCGGGAACUACUACGGCCGCAACGGCGUCUGCUUCCCUCUGCACUCGGACCGGCAGGAGAAGCCCAUGGCCAAGGGCUACUCCACGGUCAUCUUCCUAGGCCUUAAUCUGGUGGCCUUCCUGGUGAUCGCCAUAUCCUACUCGAGUAUGUUUUACUCAAUCUACAAGACCGGCAUCAACGCCACCGACGUACGCCACAGGCUGCACAAAGACGUGGCCGUGGCCAACCGCUUCUUCUUCAUCGUGUUCUCUGACGCCCUCUGCUGGAUACCGAUAUUCCUGGUCAAAAUUCUUUCACUGUUGAAGGUGGAGAUACCGGGCACCAUCUCCAGCUGGGUGGUGAUCUUCAUCCUGCCCAUCAACAGCGCGCUGAACCCCAUCCUGUACACGCUGACCACCAGCUUCUUCCGGGAGCAGGUGGAGCUGCUGCUGUGCCGCUGGCAGCGCCGCACCACCCUGAAGAAGGACCGCAAGAGCCUCACCUCCUCCACCAUCUGCAUGGAGAACUCCCGGCCCCUCUGCUACCAGGCCCCCGUCUACCUCCCCCGGGCCUCGCUGGCCACCGCCGACCCCCGCUACGGCUGACCAUGGGGUCC